GCGUACUUGUUUAUUUGGCCAGGCAGUCACGGCGGCACGCGGCGGAUGAUGUAAUAACAGACCACCGGAGACAGCCGCCCAUACAGCGCCUGCCAGUGACUCGAUGUGGAAAAAGCUUACCUGCCAUGCGUCACUUCGAGCCCUAUGUCGGAGGCACGUGGUUUUAAUCAGUGGUAGAGUGAAGCAGAGUGUUCCAGCCACCGCCAGCUGCCUCACAUGGGCCAGGGAUAAGAGCUCCAGCGCGGCCAAGCACCAGCACCUGUAUGACAUUCUGCAGAAGAUGCCGAAACACAUAGAUCUGAAGGGGCUGCAGCAGCAGCGUCUUGCAAGAAAGAGGAAGUCCUUGAAGUACCCUCCUUCCACUGUGUACCUGCAGGUUUUAGGCUCAGGAGCAGUUGGUGCUCCCAGAUCCCUUUAUGUCUUCACAGAACAUGCCAGAUACCUCUUCAAUUGUGGGGAGGGCACGCAGAGGCUGGCCCAUGAACACAAGGUGAAGCUCGCCACCAUGGAGCACAUCCUUGUCACCCACAAAUCUUGGGAAAAUGUUGGGGGCCUGCCAGGGGUGCUGCUAACCCUUCAGGACACUGGGGUACCCUACAUCACCUUGCAUGGCCCACCAGGCAUAGAAUCUAUCUACUAUGAUACUCGGCAUUUCCUGAGAUUCAGAGACCUCACCAUCCAAUACAAGCACUACCUGGACACUGGAGAGCCCAACACAGAGCCACUCAUCAUACAGAACGUUCCUAUCUGGGCCAAGGUGGAGGAAAUGGGCAAUGGUGAUGCCUCAGAGAAGUUAGAAUCUGUUCAGGGCACUAAUGAUGAAGUUGAAGAUUUGUAUGCACAUGAGAAACCUGAGUCUAGAAAGAGGCCAAACCGUGGGCGGCAAGGUUCCACUAGCCCAACACUUAAGCGACAAAGGCAGGAGGAAAGCGUGUCCUGUAGAAACCUCAGUGUAGCUUACAUCUGCCGUCCACCUCCUAAGGCAGGUGCUCUAAAGCUGGAGGAGUGUGUGAGGGCAGGUGUUCCUCCUGGGCCUCUGUUGGGAGACCUGAAGAAGGGUAUUGACAUCACCCUAUCAGAUGGCACAUUAGUAAAGGCAGCAGAUGUUACAGAGCCAGAUGAUCCUGGACCUGUUUUCAUAGUUGUUGAAGCUCCAUCUGAAGCCUACCUGGACAGCCUUCUCGAGAGCCCGGCGUUCAAGCCUUACCAGCCAUUGGAGGGCUCGGACAAUGACUUGGCAGAGGUGGUCGUCCACUUCACACCUCAAAAAGUGUUAGCCCAUCCCAGAUAUCAGGAGUGGAUGGCGCGAUUCUCUCUGUCUACUAGCCACAUCAUAAUUAACGAGUCUAACACCUGCAUGGGCUCAGUGGCAGUCCAUAGAAUACAAUACAAACUUAACCUCCUUAAUGAUAAUAUUUUUCCACUCUUGAAAGAUGGUGGAAUUCCCGUUAAGGAGACAGAUGGUGACGAAAAAGUGGAGGAAACUAAUAAUGAAGAGCGCAGUGAGAACUCAGAAUCCAACAGCAAAGAAAUGUCACUGAAAAUAAAUGAACACCCGGCUGAUUCCAACCCUUAUGUUGUGGGCCCUACCAUGCAGUCGAGGACUCUGUUCACCUACCACAUCAGACCAAGGAAAAAAACUGACAGAUCCAAUGAGCUGUACUUGUACCCUGACACUUAUAUGCAAGAAUGUUAUAUAGGGGAAAAGUUUGAGUCUGCAUUCCUUGAUAUAAAAGACAAGCUGCAAGCGUUUUACUCAGAACAGGCAGCGAAUACUUGUUCUCAGGACUAUCCACAGAUCAUUUUCCUGGGCACUGGCUCUUGUAUCCCUAACAAAACUCGCAACACUUCAAGCAUUCUCCUGGAUAUAAGUUCUGAUAAAGCCCUCAUAAUGGAUUGUGGAGAAGGGACAUAUGGACAGAUGGUGAGACUUUUAGGAGCUCCUGAAUGUGAAAAAAUGCUACGAAAGUUGGUGGCGGUGUAUGUGAGCCACCUCCACGCUGACCACCACAUUGGCUUUAUACGUCUUCUUCAUGCUAGAAGAAAAGCAUUUCAUGCAGCUGGAGUCUUUGAUGUCCCCAAACUCCUGCUCAUGGCUCCCGGCAAAAUCAUGCCAUACCUCAUCUCCUACAAUGCAAAUUUUGAGCCUCUUCUUCAAGACUUUACUCAUGUCUACAACCAAAAACUAUUAUAUAAGGACUUCACUAUGGAAGAGGAUGACUAUAAGAACCUUUGUUCCAUGUUAGAUAUGAAGAAGAUUAGCAUGACACAUGUUCUCCAUUGCCCAAACUCAUUUGGUGUUGCUUGGACUCAUAAUGAUGGGUGGAAAAUUGUUUACUCUGGAGACACUAUGCCAUGCAAAGGACUUGUAGAAAUAGGUCAAGACUGUGACGUGCUUAUUCACGAAGCCACCAUGGAAGAUGAACUAGAAGAAGAUGCCAAGCUGAAGACCCACAGCACCACAUCUCAAGCAAUACAGGUUGGCAAAGACAUGAACGCUCGCCAGACUCUCCUUACGCACUUCUCUCAGCGUUAUGCCAAGGUGCCUUUGCUGGACGAGCUUCCACUUCACGUUGGGAUUGCAUUUGACAAUAUGAAGGUGUGCCAGAAAGACUUCCCAAGUCUCCACCUGCUGUAUGAAGUUUUGGUGGCCAUGUUUUCUGAGGACUAUGAUGGAAUGCUGGAAAAGACAGCCAAAAAACGAUUAGCACGUGAAAAAAUAGAGGCACAUAUGAAAUCAAAAGAAGAAAUGUGAUCGUUAAGUUACUAUUUAUUGGUCAUUGAAGUUCAAAGUUUGAUAAGCUUGAGCCUUAUACAAUUGGGCAUGCUAGAAUAUUAUUUGUUAUAGCAUUCAUUUUUUUAGUAUACAUUGAAAUAUAUUUAUGUAUGGGUAAUCUGCUUCAGGCCCACCGCCAAGACCAAAGUUACCACUCAACUUGGUAAAACUUAGUUUCAUUAAUGUGCCUGUAUCUCAUUUCCUACUGUACCUACUCUUGUUGUCUUCUACUUACCUUGAAACUUCUCUGCAAACCAUAGGGAACAAUGUAAAAAUCAAAACAUGUGAAAAUAGCAGUGAUAUAUGCAAAUCCAAGCAACUGCAAGCCGCUCAGAUGAUGAUGUAGCCCAGUGUUCUGCAGUAUCCCAUGCUGUCUCACAGACCACCACUUCUAAAAUCCAAAGGGAGUUUUAUGCUCUUUCCUAAGGGGUGUAUUGUUCCCUUCUGUCCUCCCUAGUCAUUAAAAAGGAAAAGGUAAAGGCAAGAACUCAGCUCCCCUCAACCCCCUUGUGUUUGCACAUUUUUUUCCUUCUGACUUCUCAUCCACCCAGAACUGGGCUCAUUUGCAUUCAUAUUUCAUCACUAAUUUAAUAUUUGUUUUAAUCCCUAUGCUGUUUUCUAUGGAGUUCAAGGUACUUGAAAUAAUUUCUUCCUUAAUUUUUAAGAUUAUCAACUUUUUUAUUUAUUUUAACUGAUGUUACAUUUUUCAAUAUUUGCAAAAAUAAUUCUUUUCACUGCUGAAGCUAAAAAUGUGGAGAUAAAAAACUGUAAUGCUGAACCUCACAAACACUUGUAAACACAAAGCGAGGUGCCGUGGGCUCAAGGCAUCACGGUUGAUAUUCGUCUGUACUUUUUGUAUCUUUUCUAUUUGUUAUAGCACUUUAGUGUUCAUUAUAGUAUAAUUUAUUUACAUCCAUUUGUUGUAGCAUGCCCCAUUGUAUAAUGUAUGUUGAGUUUAUACAUAGUGCAGAUCAUGAUAGCUCUGUACAGGGUAGUUUGAAACAUGCCAGAGUGAGACAGAUACAUUACAGCUGUAGUAUUGUUUUUAGAUAGAUGUAGAAUUAGUAUAGUUUUUAGAUUUGUAUCACCUUUAUGCUACCCAAGCUGGUGGUGCCACAAGAUUUUUUUGUAAUAUCCAUUAUUCUAUAUUUUGGGCACCACCAGUAAAAAGAGCAAAUAGCAUGAUGUUUCAAUAAGGAAAUCAAAUGCUGAAAUAAAAGAUAUUUCAAAUUUGAUUCCUGAAGUCCUUGACAAUCCCCUUCUUACAAGUCCAUUUAAAUAUAUUUGUCAAGAAGAUUGUGAUUAGCCUAAGUUUUACAUCCCCUCCCACAUUUACUUAGUGCAGUUUGACAUCCACAUCUGCACCCUCACCUAUAAAAUUAAUGACUGGUGCCUGCAUUUGCAAAACGUAAUUUCUGAAUGUGUUACUGAUGAAUCCAUAUGCUGAAAAUAUAGUUUCCUUACAUUUUGCCAAUUUGGAGUGGCAGUCAGAAUGUACAACACUGAGUGCAGGGAAUCAAACCCAGGCAUUCAGGGUAAAAGUCAGGGAAGCCUACCAACUGAGCCACUGAUGCUAAUAGGUCACCGUGCCAGAGGCCACUUCUGCGACAUAUAACCUGACACCCCAGCGCCCACUGUGAGCAUGAAGGAAAGGUGACCCCACUCACACUCAUGGUAGCUGGCAAGGCUUACAAUCGAUCCAGUAUGACAUAGUGUUUAUAUUCAUCAAGAAACUGCAAUAAUGUAGUAAAAGAUCUCACUGCAUUAUUGCAGUUUCUCUGAUGUAUAUCAAGACCAUGUGCCAUUCUGUCUUGAUUUAAAGCCUUGCCAAUUACCACAGGUGUGAGUGGGGUCACCUCUUCAUACCCGCAGUAGAGGGCUGGGGUGUCAGAUUGAGUGUCGUAGGAGUGGACCCUGGGACAGUGACCUUUUUAGCUUAUCAGUAGCUCAGUUGGUAGACUGCCCUGACUUUAUUCUGAGGGUCCAGGUUCAAUAACAAGGACCCAGGGGUGCACAUUAAAAAAAUGUUUGCUGUGUAAUUACAGUUUCUCUGAUGUUGGAUAAUGGAUUGACAAUAAAAGUUCAGUCUGUGUA